CAACCGUUUACUAUAUCACCACUCGCCCAAUUAGUUUCAUCCUCCGGUUCAGAGCUCUUCUAGGACCAAAGCGCCCUCGUAUCUCACAUAUGAGGCAAAAAUUUAGGAAAAAAAAAACAUACAACAGUGAGGAUUCGCUGGUGGUCACCCACCCAACUACUAACUCACCGGCGUGUGGCUUGAGUACGGCUGAGCGGACGGGAAGCCCUAUUUUCCACACCCUAUGGUCUGAGGAUUCGCUGGUGGUCACCCACCCAACUACUAACUCACCGGCGUGUGGCUUAAGUACGGCUGAGCGGACGGGAAGCCCUGUUUUCCACACCCUAUGGUCGUAUGUGCUUGAUGUUGCGCUACAUAACAUUAAGAUCAUGGGUGUGCAGCGUAGAUAA